AUGGAAAGCAAGGCCAAGGAAGAUAAGAUUAAAGACGACUCCAAGCGUCGUGAUCUUUUCGUAUUUGUAAGACAAACCAUGUGCAUAGCGGCCAUGUUUCCCUUUGGAUAUUACGUCAAGGGAUCUGGAUGCCUGGCCCAUCUGGUCAGAGUCUGCGACUUGCUCUACGAGCUCUUCAACUACUUUGUAUCCGUGCACAUCGCUGGUCUGUUCAUCUGUACCAUAUACCUAAAUUACGGCCAAGGAGACUUGGACUUCUUUGUGAACUGCUUGAUUCAAACUAUCAUUUAUUUGUGGACCAUUGCGAUGAAACUCUACUUUCGUCGGUUCAGGCCAGGAUUGCUGAAUGCCAUCUUGUCCAACAUCAACGACGAGUAUGAGCCGCGUUCUGCCGUAGGAUUCAGCUAUGUCACAAUGGCGGGGUCUUAUCGGAUGUCCAGGCUGUGGAUUAAAACCUACGUCUACUGCUGUUAUAUUGGCACCAUUUUCUGGCUGGCCCUUCCCAUAGCUUACAGGGACAAGAGUCUGCCUCUAGCCUGUUGGUAUCCCUUCGAUUACACGGCAAGCUGAUUAUUUAAAUUGCUAAUAUCAAUAAAUGUAAUUGUGCCAUCUCUAGCAACCAAUUGUCUACGAGGUGGUGUUCUUUCUUCAGGCGAUGGGACAGAUUCAAGUGGCGGCUUCCUUUGC